GAGGGGAGAGAGGAGCGGGGACGAGAGAGGGGACAACCGAGCGGAGAACGACGGGCUCGUCAGGCACCGGAAACGCGUCACUGGCCCGGGGCCGCGUCCAGUCAGUGUCCCAAAAUGGCGCCUCUGGACCUGGACAAGUACGUGGAGAUAGCACGGCAGUGCAAAUACCUCCCGGAAAACGACUUGAAGCGACUCUGCGACUACGUAUGUGACUUGCUUUUGGAAGAGUCUAAUGUCCAGCCAGUGUCUACACCGGUUACAGUCUGUGGGGACAUACAUGGGCAGUUUUAUGACUUGGGAGAGCUGUUUAGAACUGGAGGACAGGUUCCUGACACAAAUUAUAUUUUCAUGGGUGACUUUGUGGACAGAGGGUACUAUAGUCUUGAAACUUUUACCUACCUCCUUGCAUUGAAAGCAAAAUGGCCUGAUCGCAUUACACUCCUCAGAGGAAAUCAUGAAAGCAGACAGAUCACUCAAGUCUACGGGUUCUACGAUGAAUGCCAAACAAAAUAUGGAAAUGCUAAUGCCUGGCGGUACUGUACCAAAGUCUUCGACAUGCUCACAGUGGCAGCAUUGAUAGAUGAACAGAUAUUAUGUGUGCAUGGUGGACUUUCUCCCGAUAUCAAAACCCUCGAUCAAAUUCGAACCAUAGAGCGUAAUCAGGAGAUCCCACAUAAAGGAGCCUUCUGUGAUCUCGUAUGGUCAGAUCCUGAGGAUGUGGACACCUGGGCUAUCAGCCCUCGAGGAGCAGGAUGGCUCUUUGGAGCGAAGGUUACCAAUGAGUUUGUCCAUAUCAACAACUUGAAACUAAUCUGUCGAGCACAUCAGCUAGUUCACGAAGGAUAUAAAUUCAUGUUUGAUGAAAAGUUGGUGACUGUAUGGUCUGCUCCAAACUAUUGCUAUCGCUGUGGAAAUAUUGCAUCAAUCAUGGUCUUCAACAACGUAAACUCAAGGGAGCCAAAGCUAUUUCGGGCAGUUCCAGAUUCAGAGCGUAUAAUUCCACCAAGAACAACAACGCCCUAUUUCCUUUAAAAUAUAUUUUGUUUCUGGUCAAAAAAUUUCUUAAAAUACGGUGUGCACAAUGGACUGUAAACAUGUGUUGUGUAGAAAAGAUUCAAGAUGUAGAAUUUCAACCAUUCUAUCAAAUUUUAAAUGCUAAAUUGAAUAAAGUGGUCUAAAGGGCUGCCUUUUUCUUGUUUUUAAUGCUAGCAGAUAUUGAGAAGCUGAUUUAUGUGCCCCAGUAAUUAAAAAAUUUGUACAUUAAAAUUGUAUUGAUCAGUUUUCAAAUUUCAUUGUAUUUUAAUAUAGUAAUAUGGUAACUACGACUCUCGUGGGUUAAAUAUUGGAAAUAAACUGCUUUAUUAUUAAGAAUGUUUACUGCCCUUUCUGAAUUUUAAAUGGUUAAUGUGAUCUUAAAUUUUUGGGAGCGUGGUACAAUUACAGAGUAGUAAUUUGUAUGCUGAAGCAUGAAGCCUGGAACGUAAUUAGACCAUUUAAUGUGCAAAUUUAGCAUUUAGUGGUGCAAGUUAUUUGAUACUGUUUUUAGAACAUUUAUAUUUGGACUCUUUAAUAUGUUAUCUGGUGUUAAUAUCUGAAUAUUUCAAGCUUCAUAUCUGAUUAAUUUAUCAACAGUAUUGAAGUAAUUAACAAAUCUAAUUUGUCAUGGAUUUGUAAAUCUUUCUCUUAUUCGUCAGGCAAUCCUGAGGUUUUACUCUUAAGGCACCUGACCAUCCACUGAACCUCCUUUCAUGUUGGGGGAUAAAGAUAUUCAUAGGCAUAGAAUCUCAUCAUGUGAUUUGUUCAGAUUGCUACUAUGCGGUUGUGAUCAGCGAAUCCUGGCAAUCUAGUCCACUGAGAGACAAUUCAUCUGACACCACCUGAUUUCGUUUUAUAAGAAAGUUACCUCGAAAUAUUGUUUAAAAAAAAAAAGAGAUUUUGU